AUAUUUCAAAUGAUUCUAGCUGAAUGAUAAAACUGUAGUUGACAUUCCUGUAAUAUUUACAAUGCACUGUUUUUGCAUAUUCCCCUGUGAAACACCACGGAUAGCUACUCCAAUGCGUUAUAGCUAAUGGCGUAGCAUGAUAGAUGAAGGAAAUCUUACCUAUGCAUAAAAAAGAUGAAGAAAUCUAUUGUCAAUAAGAAUUACUUUUCAUUUAAUUUAUUCAAGAGCCACUCCAAAUGUGGCUCAGAGUGCACGCUUCAACUCGUAUUCACAAAGAAUACAAAAAAUAAAUACGUGACAUGUGCACGGCAGUAUGUAACAGCCUGUGUAAUGGACGCGAUCUGCCAACGGAACAGGAAGUGAAAAACUUUUUGCUUCAGUAACAAUGAAGCAAUCACACGAACUGGGCAAUUGGGAAACAACUGGUUGGCUAGCUGGCUACUAAAGACAAUUACCUAAACUUUUUUAGACAGUAAAACUGUGACAGUCUUAAACAAGCACGUAGCCUACACGAAACAUCUGUUGUCCUGGACGUGCUAAUGCCACCAUGGCAAGAACAUUAACGAUAAUUCUAUUUAUCGUUUACAUGUUUUCACAGACGAACUCUCAAGAAGCAAUUUUGCACAUUUCGGAUGGGUCCGCCGAGAAAGAGUAUUGUCUUGUUUACAAUUCAUCUUGGACUAAACUGUCAACGUCCCUCAGCAAUGCAGGAAAUAUCUGGUUUGGGAUACAUAGCCCACCUAACCGGAUUUCAAGCCGUCUUGAGGAAAUUGGACACGUUGAAGACAGAAAGCGCAGUGGAAGACUCAAAAAGAUGUCUGCAUAUGAUGAACAGUUAACUUAAUGGGGCAGUUCACCCAAAUAUGAAAUUAAGGCCACACAAUCUUGGAGUCUAUUGUAUCAGGCUGAGCUGCAGAAGAUAUCUAUGAAACUUGUCAAAUGUGAAACUAUCUGGAUGGAUUGACAGUACUCUGGGUGGAGUAUCAGUUGGUAAACCUGACGUCAACCUUUCUCUGCAGUGAAUCUGGUGUAGCUCCUGAUGCACUGAGAGGGAGAGCAGUGGUGGUGAUGCUUGGGGAGUGUGGUUUCAGUCAGAAAGCUCUGGUUGCUCAAGAUCUUGGAGCGUCUGCUGUCCUCAUUGCCAGUAAAACAACCAUGUUGACUCCUUCAGCAAAUGAGUCCGACUAUGGAAAAGUCAAGAUUCCUCUGGCGCUCAUGAGAUACAGAGACAUUAUGGAUGCACAGCAGACCUUUCCCAGUGGUAUGGCAGUGAGGCUGUAUGCUCCCCUGCUGCCUGUGUUUGAUGUCAGCCUCUUCGUCAUGUUGGCUCUCAGUAUCUUCACAGUGGCUAUGGGAGCCUACUGGAGUGGCAUGUCUGAAAGGGACAGGCUGAACGAAUCCCCAGCCGUGGGCAGCUGUGAGGGGAAAGGCUCCAGUGGCGACUUGUCUCUUUACUCUCCACUCAAAGUCAUCAUCUUUGUGGCUCUGAUGAGCACCAUGCUGGUUCUGAUGUACUUCUUCUACACGUGGCUUGUGUACGUCAUCAUUGCUGUGUUUUGUCUUGCCUCUGCCGUGGCCCUACACAGCUGCUUGGAUGCGAUCAUGGAAAUAGUAGGUUGUGGAAGUUGCAACUUCUCAUUCCUUGGAAAAGAUUUCUCCGCGAGGUCGCUGCUGUUGGCUGCAGUCAGUGUUGCUGUGGCUGUGGUCUGGGUGGUGUACAGGAAUGAGGACAGGUGGAUCUGGAUUUUGCAGGAUCUCCUGGGCAUUGCAUUCUGUCUGAACUUUAUGAAGACCAUAACUGUGUCAAACUUUAAGGUCUGCGUCAUCCUUCUAAGCCUCCUGCUUCUGUAUGACGUCUUUUUUGUCUUCAUCACGCCUUUCUUUACUCCAAACGGAGAGAGUAUCAUGGUUCAGGUUGCGCUUGGUCCAGGGUCUACAGGGGAAAAGAGCGGAGGCAACAUGGUGGAGGUACCUGCUGAACCCAGAGCUCCCCAUGAAAAACUGCCUGUGGUCAUGAGAGUACCGAGGUUUUCGGCCUUGGCCCAGAACCUGUGUGGGAUGCAGUUCUCCAUUCUUGGCUACGGAGACAUUAUUGUACCAGGUUUACUGGUGGCCUACUGCCACAGGUUUGAUGUAUGGACCAGCAGCUCCAAGAAGAUCUAUUUUCUGUCAUGCACAGCAGCCUAUUUCAUUGGUAUGAUUGUGACAUUUGCGGUCAUGAUUGUGUCCAAGAUGGGCCAGCCUGCCCUGCUGUACCUCGUGCCAUUCACUCUCCUGACCAGUGCCGUGGUUGCCUGGUGCAGGAAGGAAAUGAGACAGUUCUGGACCGGAAGUACUUAUGAAGUGUUGGACUCCUCAACAGGACCUUUAUUACAAGAUGGAGGAUCAGGAUGUGACGGUGGAGGAAAAUGCUGACUUCCACAAUUAACCGAGGGUGGUGCAUCGUUAUUGUUUUUUACAUUUUGAAUUUAGGCACAAGCACAAAUUAUAUGGGUUGUCGCUUGUGUUAACAUUAGGCAAUGAAUCAGCAGGUGUAAUUGGAAGGAAUUAAAUGUGGUUUGGGGAUUUAAGACCAAUCAUUUCAUCUCUUGCUGUUAAUCAGUAAAAUAAUCCAUAAUGUAGAAAAUGGCUGUAAAGUAAAAAAAAAGAAAAAGAAAAGAAAUGGUGUCUGUUUGCCAAAUUAAGUUGGAUUGGGUUUUGGUCACUUUUUUGUUGAAUUCCAUAAGCUAAAGCAAUAUUCUGCUUUUUUUUUUUUUUGCUGUGGAUGGCUGAUGAUGCCAGCCUUAACAUGUUUGUGAGAUGGAAACUGCCCAUUUAGAAAUGCAAGUAUUGACUUGCAUCACUCGCAUGUUGCCAGUUUAAGAAAUCACUUUUCUUUUAUUAAACUGAUACUUUUGUGCACUGGUUUGUUUUACCAUUCUUUACAUGCAUACAUUUUCAACAACUUAUUCUAAUUUAUUAAUGCCAUCCAUAAUUGUAACUGGCCAGUUACUGUCAAGUCCAUUCAGGAAGGUUGCUCCUAGCAUGUGCCUUUUCAAAAUGCGUGUGGUCAGCUGCCACGUUUUUUCACUCUGUGAUCCACUGGCUGGGCUGUACUGUUCCUGAAGCAGGGGACAGAGUGCACCUUGCACAGGUGCAGGCACAUUGCAGGCAUCCCAUCUACCAGAGGAGUUGCUGCUGAACAAUGAGGGUGGAGAGGCCAUGCCAGCUCACUACCUUUUGUUAGUUUGUGGGUGAAGCUAUGGCCAAUCAACCAUGUUUUGGUUAAAAAAUAAAAAAAAUAAAAAAAAAUUAAAUACCUUA